AUGAACUCUCUUUCGGGGACAGGAGCCCCACCGGACCCGGCCCAGGAAUCCAACGGCAUAGCCACCCCAGCCUCCCGCAGCAGGUGGGACAGCUCCUGGAGCAGCACCUCCAGCCUGGACCACCCUCCGCCCGUCAGCCCCACGGCAGCCAGGGCUCAGGCUGCUGCCUGGGUCCCCUUUCCCACGGUCGAUGUUCCAUACUAUGCCCACUACACCCUGGGCACGGUGAUCCUGCUGGUGGGGCUCACAGGGAUGCUGGGAAAUCUGACGGUCAUCUAUACCUUCUGCAGUUGUGAUUUACUUCAUGGAGUCAAUGUGAUGAUUAAGAGCAGAGGUCUCAGGACACCUGCCAACAUGUUCAUCAUCAACCUCGCAGUCAGCGACUUCCUCAUGUCCUUCACCCAGGCCCCCGUCUUCUUCGCCAGCAGCGUCUAUAAGCAGUGGCUCUUUGGAGAGGCAGGCUGUGAAUUCUAUGCCUUCUGUGGGGCUCUGUUUGGCAUCACCUCCAUGAUUACCCUGACGGCCAUCGCCCUGGACCGCUACCUGGUGAUCACACGCCCACUGGCCACCGUCGGGAUGGUGUCCAAGAGGCGGGCGGCGUUUAUCCUGCUGGGCGUCUGGCUCUAUGCCCUGGCUUGGAGUCUGCCGCCCUUCUUUGGCUGGAGUGCCUAUGUGCCCGAGGGGCUGCUGACCUCUUGCUCCUGGGACUACGUGAGCUUCAUGCCAUCGGUCCGCGCCUACACCAUGCUGCUCUUCUGCUUUGUGUUCUUCCUCCCCCUGCUUGUCAUCAUCUACUGCUACAUCUUCAUCUUCAAGGCCAUCCGGGAGACGGGCCAAGCUCUCCAGACUUUCGGGGCCAGCGAGGGUGGUGGUGAGUGCCCCUGGCAACGGCAGCGUCUGCAGAACGAGUGGAAAAUGGCCAAGAUCGAGCUGUUGGUCAUCCUUCUCUUCGUGCUCUCCUGGGCCCCCUACUCCACUGUGGCCCUGAUGGGCUUUGCUGGGUACGCACAUGUCCUGACGCCCUACAUGAACUCGGUGCCAGCUGUCAUCGCCAAGGCCUCUGCCAUCUACAACCCCAUCAUUUAUGCCAUCACCCACCCCAAGUACAGAAUGGCCAUCGCCCAGCACCUGCCCUGCCUCGGGGUGCUGCUGGGCGUGUCAGGCCAGCGCAAUGGCCUGUACACCAGCUACCGCUCCACCCACCGCUCCACACUGAGCAGCCAGGCCUUGGACCUCAGCUGGAUCUCUGGACGGAGGCGCCAGGUGUCCCUGGGCUCUGAGAGCGAGGUGGGCUGGACAGACACAGAGGCAACAGCUGCUUGGGGGACUGCCCAGCAAGUGAGUGGAUGGUCCCCCUGCGGUCAGGGCCUGGAGGAUGUGGAAGCCAAGGCCUCUCCCAAGUCCCAGGGACAGGAAGCAGAGGCUCCCGGAAAGACCAAAGGGCUGCUCCCCAGCCUGGACCCCAGGAUGUAG